GGAAAAUCGAAAUCGAGUACUUUUUCUCCAGGUUCGGGUUCGGUCCUUUGCUCGGACCUGCGACGUACCCGCCAGUUGGCCGACGACGACCACCACCAGAGCUGUUUAAUCUUUCUUUGAUUUCGCGAUUUACUAUCGUUGCGCAAUUCCAGCUGUCAAUCAUGUCGACUUCACGGACAUUUGCGACGAGCCUGGCGAGGCUGUCGUCUACGGCGUCACGAACUCCACGAACACAGACACAGACAAGGGCGUUAUGCUCGUUGCCCCAGUCAUGGUCUUCCAACAGGCCAAGGACAUCAUUCUCGAUGCGCUCUCUCGUUCCUGCACCUGCGCCCUCGUCUCGGGCCUUUACCACAACUAGCCCCCGGCGGCAUGGUCACUUGACGCCGCCAAAGCCUGGAGAGGAGCUGCACGUCACCUUCAUUGACAAAGACGGCGACGAGUACAAGUUCCAAGUAAGCGAGGGCGACAACUUGCUCGACAUUGCGCAGGCCAACGAUCUCGAAAUGGAGGGUGCAUGUGGCGGAUCCUGCGCGUGCUCGACCUGCCAUGUCAUCGUGCAAGACGAGGGGAUGUACGACAAGAUCCCCGAGCCCGAGGAUGACGAGAACGACAUGCUGGACCUCGCAUUUGGAUUGACCGAGACGAGCCGGCUCGGGUGCCAGGUCAAGAUGACCAAGGAGCUGGACGGUCUGGUCGUGAAGCUGCCAUCCAUGACGAGGAAUCUGCAGGCCAGCGACUUUAGCUAAUUGAAGGGGGGGUAACGCCACCCCUUUUUGUAUCAAUGCAAUACCAAUAUUUGUAACAAGUAA